AUGACAGGAUUCGAUCAGGACAUCGAGCUCAACGCUUACUCACACUCUCACGGGCUCGGAAUCAGUGGCAAUGGCGGCGGUGGUCGACAACACAGCAUAGCUGAAGGAAGCAGCUUCACCGUCGGCGGCAUCUCCCCAUCUUCCCGGGCCAAGUCCUUUGCUGAUGCCUCACCUGGCGGCAGCCAUGCCCGCUCAAAAUCUAUGAGUGGUGGCGGUGGGGGAGGUGGCUUUCAAGGCAGGAUGAGCCGCUUCGUGGACUCGUUCCGCCGCGGCGACGGCACCAUCAACGACAAUGCCGACCUUGACGACGACAACAAUACCAGCUCACAUGGGUAUUCUUCCCACAGUGUCUCGCGCGACCACGGCGGCACGCGAUACUAUGACCUGCGCCAGGGCAACAGCAAAGUCAACACGCCCAGCUCGCUGCUGGCUAGAGAGCUCAAGGGCCGACAUCUGCAAAUGAUUGCCAUUGGAGGUUCUAUCGGCACUGGAUUGUUCGUUGCUUCCGGCAAGGCGUUGAGUGAAGGCGGCCCGGCGAGUGUGUUGAUUGCGUAUCUCGUGAUUGGGGUCAUGCUGUUUUGCACGAUACAGGCGUUGGGCGAGUUGGCGGUUAUCUUUCCCGUGGCCGGAUCUUUCUCGGCCUUCUCGACGAGGUUUCUGGAUCCAAGUUGGGGAUUCGCUAUGGGAUGGAACUACGCUCUGCAGUGGAUCGUGGUGUUACCACUCGAGGUAUUAGCAGGCGCCAUGACGAUAGGGUACUGGAAUAAGGAGCUUAACAAGGCCAUCUUUGUGACUAUGUUCUUGGUCGUCAUUUUCAUCAUCAACCUCUUUGGCGCAAAAGGAUACGGCGAGGCAGAGUUCAUCUUUGCCAUCGUCAAGGUCACCGCUGUAGUAGGAUUCAUCCUUCUAGGUAUCGUCAUCAAUAUUGGUGGCACACCCACCGAAGGCUACAUCGGCGGCAAAUACUGGACCGAUCCCGGCGCUUUCCACAAUGGAUUCAAAGGUCUCUGCUCCGUCUUCGUCACCGCCGCCUUCGCCUUUGCCGGUACCGAGCUCGUCGGCCUGGCAGCCGCCGAGACCGCCAACCCACGUAAAUCCUUACCUACCGCUAUUAAACAAGUCUUCUGGCGUAUUUCACUCUUCUAUAUCGUCAGCAUGACACUCGUCGGUCUUCUGGUUCCUUACAACGAACCUCGUCUCCUCUCCGCCCAAAACGUCGCCGAUGCAUCCGCUUCACCCUUCGUCAUCGCCAUCGAAGCCGCCGGCGCCACCGUUCUUCCGUCCAUUAUGAACGGCGUCAUUCUCAUCUCCGUCAUCUCAGUCGGUAACUCGGCCGUCUACGGUUCCUCGCGCACCUUGGCUGCCCUGGCUGAACUAGGCCAAGCCCCUUCCAUCCUCGGCUACGUCGACCGCCGCGGCCGUCCAGUCGUGGCCAUCAUCGUCACCAUGGCCGUCGGCCUGCUCGCUUACUUGGCGGAUGUCCCUUCGCAAAGCAACAUCUUUGACUGGCUCCUCGCCAUCUCCGGGCUAUCGUCAAUCUUCACCUGGGCAUCCACCUGCCUCGCUCACAUCCGUCUGCGCAAAGCAUGGGCGUACAACCAUCGUUCGGUGCAAGAUAUUGCCUUCCGCGCCCAAGGCGGGGUUAUUGGUUCCUGGAUCGGCUUUUUGCUGAACGUCCUGGUCCUGGUGCUGCAAGUCUGGGUAGCCAUCGACCCCAUCGACGAAGGCGAAACGAAGAUGACGGUCAAGGAGAGGGUGAGCAGUUUCUUUUUGAGCUGCUUGGCAAUUCCGGUGGUGUUGACGUUUACCAUUGGUCAUAAGCUGUAUUAUAAGACGAGGAUGGUGAGGCUCGAGGACAUGGAUGUUGAUACAGGACGGAGAGAUUUUGGACGGUUGGGCAUCAUUAAGGCGCAGGAGAAGGAGGAGAGGAUGGGGUGGCCUAGGUGGAAGAGGGUUUAUCGGUUUAUGUGCUGA